UUUUUUUUAAUCUUUAUAUAAGUCCUAUUUUCUAUUUCUAUUUCGUAUCAUAAUACUUAUCAAAAUGAUGAAAAUUGAACCUGAUAGGCUCGUAAAGGAAGAGCUUGAGUAUGAAAUUAAGAUUAGAGGAAUUUUACCAACUGGAAAUGUCAAAGAGUUAACAAGGACACUUCGUGAUUUGCUAACUUUAGAGAACGAGGGUCAUUCAUUUAGUAUGAAAGUUGAGUUUGAUGCUGAGAGUGAAAUUAAAAUUUGCCAGGAAAAAUUAAUAGAUCUUGAAUCUCUGAUUAAAGCUCCACUAUCGGAGGCCAUUAUUAGAAAAUUAAAAUCAAAAUUAGGGCAUUUAGUAGGUCGUUGUGAGAGAAUUACUUCCAAUGAUAAAGAAAUAAUAGAAAUAAAAGCAAAACUCUUAACUGAUAUUUUUAAGUAUGUAUCACUUUUUCGAAAGUUGUGUGAGGAACAUAAGGGAUCGUCAGAACCUUUAGAUAUCCAAUUUCAGCAAAGUUUAAUAACUUCAACUCCCAAUAGGUCUAGUUCAAAUGCAACUGAAAAUCAAAGUGCAACUGGGCUGCCAGUAUUAAUGAAUAAUUUAAGUCUUAACAAAAGGGUUAAUUUUUCUUCGUGGGGUUUAACUUUUAGUGGGGAUUCAGAUACAAUGGGAUUAAAUGCAUUUUUAGAAAGAAUUGAAGAACUGUGUGAAGCUCAUAAUGUGUCACAUGAUGAUUUAUUCAGGGGUGCUAUUGAAAUUUUUGAGGGAAAGGCUCUUAUUUUCUACAGGGCAUUAAAAGGGAAAGUUAAUGAUUGGAAAACUUUAUGUGAACAUUUCAGGGAAGAAUUUUUGCCUAGGGAUUAUACUGAAAGGUUAUGGGAGCAAAUCAAAUCAAGAACUCAAGGGGAAAAAGAAUCCAUUACAAUUUAUGUAGCAUACAUGACUAAUUUAUUUAACAGAUGCUCUGCAUCAAUAAACGAAGCUAUGAAACUAAAAAUUUUGAGAAAAAAUAUUUUACCAUUUUAUCAAACGCAGCUAGGGUUAGUGGACAUAUCUACAGUGGAUGAACUUAUUAAGCUUUGUAAACGAAUUGAGGAUAGUAGAGUGAAUGUUUUGAAUUUUGUACCGCCAACAGUAGAUAAGCACUCAGUUGAACCAGAUUUGCUAUAUAAGGCUAAUGCGAUUGAAAAACAAAGUAGGAAAAGGUUAGAUAGUUUGGAAGCAGAGAAACAAGUCAGUUUUAAUUUACAACCAAGUAAUAAACAAAUUUCAAAUAAUAAAAGUAGAAACUAUAGUUCAGAUAGAGAAAGUACAGAUAGAAAUGCUCACUUAGGUAGAAAUAGAGAAAUUAGUAACGAUAGGUUAAAUCGGGGUAGCGUUAGGGAACAAGACAGACGAACUGGGACAGUAAAUAAAUGGAGAGAUGGGUCAUAUGAUAGAGCUAGAUUUUAUAGGAAUAGGAGUAACGAUCGUUCGAGUAGUGUUGAAAGUUAUAAUGGGGACAGAUUUUAUCAAGACAGAAGUAGGGAACGUCAUAAUACCCCAGAAAGGUAUUAUAAUAAAAAUAGGUUAAGUAGAAAUAAUGAUUAUUUUGCUGGGAAUCAGCCUAGGGAAAAUAGUUUUAAUAGGGGCAGGUCGUCCUGUAGGGAUAGAUCUGAUUUAGGUAGUUAUAGGGAACAUAGAAAUAGUAGGUAUGAUAGUUAUAAUAGGGAUUUGGAUAAUAACACUAGAGGGAACGUCGUUAAGUGUUAUAGAUGUAAUGGGGAUAAUCAUUUAGCAAGACAUUGUAAAGCGCAGGUCAGAAAGUGUUUUUCUUGUGGGUUAUUAGGUUAUACAAAAGUUAGUUGUCCAAAAUGUAAUAAACAGGGAAACGGUUCGAGGAGUUAAGUGUAAACCGAGCUUCAACUUCGACGGUUUUAUCGGUUGAUAAUUUUGGCU